AUGGCUUGUCGACCUCGUCUUCUCAUUCCUCAACAAAUGCCAUUCGUUUUUCUACGCCUUCUCGAACGAACAUUUGUAUUAGAUUAUCACAAUAAUGAAUAUAUUAUGACACAAGAUGCUGUACUCUCAAGAAUUCGACAAAAUCCACCGUCGGCUAUACUCUUCAUGAACAAAAUAAAAAUUGACAAAGAGCUUUUGGAUGCCUGUGGUGAUCGUCUGAAAGCACUUUCAACUAUAUCUGUCGGUUGGGAUCACAUUGAUGUUGAUGAAUGUGCCAAGAGAGGUAUUCCGAUUGGUUAUACACCUGGUAAAUUUGUCGAUGUCCCUGAUAGAAGUUUCAGAUAUCUACAGUAG